AUGAGUGAAGGUGAGGAUGAUGCCGAUUGUGAUAUCGACGAAUGUGUAAUUGACAAACCCGCAGAAAGUGACAAUUCUAGCGAUAUAAAUUUAUCUACCAAACAAUUAUCUAUAUUUAACAGCGUAUCUCUAGGUUUGUAUCAUGGUCUUGCUGUAUCCAGGGACAAGGGUGUCUAUACUUGGGGGUCUAUUUGGCACAAUGCCAUGGGUUUGGGAAUAGAAAAUGGAGAAGUCAAGGAACCCAUAAAAAUUCCAUUUUUUGAAGAUAAAUCUGCACUACAAGUUAGUUGUGGUGAUGCGCAUUCUGCAGUUUUAGUUGCUACAGAUUCAAAUUAUCUAGGUACUGUUUACACAUUUGGUUUGGGUAACAAUGGUAGGCUUGGGUAUCCAAAAUGCGGUCAAUCCAUUGACAAUGAUAAUGAUAAUGCUAAUGUUUUUAGGGAUGACCAAAAUGAAAAAUCUAAUGGUACAAUUCAUACCGAUAUAAUGGAUGACAAAAAUAAUAUCAGUAGUAAAAAUAACCCCAAAAAAAUUCAAUUGAACCGUAAAGUUUCACUGGAAGAAGUUCUACAGUGUGAUACAUCGGCUUCACAUUUAAAUAAUCAAUCUUGGUUCUCCACACGCCCAUUCAGAGUCAAAUUGAAACUUAAAGUUAGACUCGUUUCUUGUGGCUCAGCCCACACACUUGUUAUAUGUGAAGAUUCUAGCUUGUGGAGUUGGGGUCGUGGUAAUUUCGGCGUGCUAGGCUUGGGAUCAAAUUGCGAUGUGUUUGAGCCAACAAAAGUAGCAUUGGAUAAUGUAACACAUGUUUCAGCGGGUGAUAGGCAUUCACUUGCAGUAUCUAAUAACAGUUUAUAUUCUUGGGGAUAUGGUGCUAAUGGGAGAUUAGGAUUGUACCAUUCUAAAAAUGUAUAUGAUCCUAGUCUGGUAAAUGGUAAAGGAUUUGAUCAGGUACUAUAUGUUUCAGCGGGGCAAAGCCAUUCUGCGUGUAUUAACUGCAGGGGAGAAAUUUUUACUUGGGGAUCUGGGCAAGGAGGAAGACUUGGUCACUCCUGGUCGCUAAACGGUGAUCUCAAUUACCCGCAUCAGCUAAGGGUUGAAGAAGUUACGUUUCAAUCGAUUUCAUGCGGUAUGGCCCAUACGAUAGCACUGAGUGGUGAUGGGAAGGUUUACUUUUGGGGUACAUUGACCAACCAAUCCAACACCCCAGUACCAGUACCGUUGGGGACAAAAGCUAUAAGCGUAAAUGCAGGCCCCUGCGGGGUAGCUGUUAUAACUUCCGAUGGAGAUCUUGCUUCUUGGGGCAUAGGCGGGUACUAUCGCUUGGGGCAUUCAAAUCUUGAAGACUACGUCGAUCCAUCCUUUGUCACUGCACUUAAGGGCAGUGUUGGAUUGUUUAAGGCUAAAAAUAUAGGAUUUGAUCCAUUAAAUUGGUCUGAUUGUCAUGUAAUUGAUAUUGAAUGCGGAGAAUCACAUGUAUGUGCUUUGUGUAAUGAUGGAAGUGUAUACUCUUGGGGUAGAGCGUUAGGUAGCGGUGCUACUGAAAAUUUUGGAUCCCUAAAAAUCCCUGAAAAGUUGAUAUUUAAAUCAAAAAUUGAUACAAUUUCCUGCGGUAAAAAUCACUGUAUGGCACUAACUGUUUGUGGUAGAGUUUAUUCUUGGGGAUCUAAUACGUACGGGCAGCUUGGUUUAGGUGAUUUGUCGUAUCGCAUUGAGCCAACAGAAAUAGAUAAUUUGGAAAAUAUAUUAAAUGUAAAAGCAUGCAUUGAUGCUAGUGCCGUAAUUGUCAGCGUUUCAGAUGAAUUCAGAGAUGUAAAGGCCGGUAAAUUGAUGGUAUGCGGAAAUGCAAAUAAUUACAAACUGGGGUUGGGUAAGGAUAUUUCCAGUGGUGUAAUCAUGUCACCUAUGCCAGUUGAGUGUGACGAACCAGUUUUUAAGAUUGAAAUUGGCGAGAAUCAUUCAAUGCUUGUUUCAUUAAAUGGUAAAUUGUAUGUAUCGGGGGCAACUUCCAUUGCCACAGGGGGCAAAAAUUAUUACAAUUUCACUCAUAUCCCUAUAAAUGACGAUGAAGGUCGUCCUGAGGUAAUUUACCACGCUGUUCCAGGUAAAAGCCACUCAGUGAUACUAACUACGAGUGGCUACGUAUAUCUAUGCGGUAAGAGUCAUUCAAUUUGUUCAAUGAAUGACGUUAUGAAUCCUACAAAAUUUGACUGUUUACCCAACGAGCAACCUGUAAAGUACAUUCAUGUUAGUGAAGAUAUGACUUUUGCCAUAACCAUCGACGGGAAGUGUUGGUACUGGGGCAGUAGUGCUAAUAAUACAAUUUACGAUCCAAAAGAACUUAAUUUUGUAAAGAACAUAUCGCUAGAUAAACUUGUUGGGACACAUGAUUUUGGUGUGGGAUUUAGUCCUCAUAAAAUUAUCUAUUCUUGGGGCAAAAAUGACUAUGGUCAAUUGGGUCGUGGUUAUGAUGGCACAUAUGACUCUGAAGCUAAAAUAGUACAAGUAAUUCAAAAUAAUUCUGUAUAUAAGAUGGGUUCGAUAGAUCGGGAGUGCCAAAUAGAGCUAUUGUUGGUUCAAACUAUGGCUAGCUUGAAUGUUGAAUGGGAGAGGGUGUUUGAGAUCGUUAAAUUUGAGCCUUUUAGGCAACGGGAGGUCUUUUUAUACACCACUGAAUUGGGUAUUAUAAAAUCGUUACAACAAAUUUUGGCAUUGUUACUAAGUGAUACUCGCGGUGAAUUGAGGCAGUUGCAGAAGAAGAGGGGGGGAAUUAUCACAAAUCUAUACGGUUGCAAGAGUGGAACAAUUGAUCUCUUGCAACAGGUUAUGCUGAUUUUAUAUCUACAACCGGCAUAUCUUUCAAGACUAAUCUUUUUAGAUUCCCAAAUGACUCUGAAAAUUGUUGCCAUAUUGUACUUUGACACUAACGAUGAUUACACUAACUGUUUGUUAAUGGCAUUAUACCGUCUAGUAGUGUCCACUGAGCUGAGGAACGAUUUCAAUGUACCAAAAGCAAUCGAGUUGAUGAAAUUAUUUAACAAAACGGAUUUCAAAUACACAGUGCCUAAGGAUUUCAAGGUGACUGACCUAUUGCCUUUAGUGGAAUCAUUCCCCCUAACCCCUUCAGUGGAAAAGAUGCUAUGUUUCACUUUAGCAUUAUUCAAACGCCACUGUUUAUCCGUGGAAAUUGCCAAUAUCAAUCUCAUCCAAGUUUAUUUCGCUCUUAUGCUAGAAUCUGUGGACAAUUGUGGCCAGGCGACAAUCGGAGAGUUCAAGAAAAAACGUAUAUAUGACGCAUUAAUUAAAAAAAUUAAUGCCUUUGGGCAAAGGGAUCUUAUAUACAAAUUCAACUUGCAACAUCGGCUCACUAAUGGACUGUUCAAAAUGCAUUUUCAACCUAGUGUGAUUGAUAUAGAAAUACCCUGUUCCUUAGUGCAUCGUCUUUAUCAGGUUGCCCUUGAUAAUUUGAACAGACUAAACAUGAGUGUACACGAUCCGCUAGUUGGCAUUUUGUCACACGGUUUAACACACCCCAAUCCAUGCAACGGCAGCCAGUAUCUAUACAUUGACAGGAGGUUUCUCAUAAGUGAUAAGAAUCUCAGCUUCUGCACAUAUUCAAACGUCCCGGUGCCGCAGAGAUUGGCAUAUAGGCAAUCUUCAUAUGUAGAUUUGCCUCCAUCAGAGGAUAUGCAACAAAUCUAUAAUUUAGAAGAUGUUAAAAGCCCAAUAUGUGUGUCACUUCCUCACAGAAUGUUAUCUCCCAUAUAUCGUUAUCAGCAGCCUAGUAGAAACGAUCCCAAAUGGCUACUACAACAAACGCUGCGUAUAAUAAAAGGCUUGGAUUCUUCUGCUGAUAUAGCCGGAGUGUUUAAGGAGGUUGUGGAAGAGUAUGUUGCCAACAAGGAAUUCUUAAAGGCAUCAUUGGUGGAAGAGACCAUAUCAGCUAUUAGUGGGAUGAGUGAGAAACAAUUGGCGAAGUUGGCUGUAGGUGUGCUAGAAAUGCAGCAAAUGAGAAGCGCCCACUAUCGCUACCUCUCGUUGGUAUUUGAAUCUCAAAAGGAGCUUGUUAAGGAGGUAUCCUAUUACAAGGAUAGGAUUGACAAAGAGAUUCUAGUUGCCACUAAGUUUAUUAGUUCGCAUGCUAAUAACCAACUCCAUAGUUUGGAAAAUGUUAACGCGUGUAAUAAGCGUAAUAAUAAGAUCUGGUCAUUUUUGAAGAAGUGA